CGAGGCUCUCUAAAAAUACUUUAAAACUUUACUCCAUCAGUUUAUCGUUCAUUUCUGCAACAUCACCACAUGUUUGACAGUAAAUUGUGAAUGAAGUAUAAAGCGUUAUAUGUGGUGUAAAAUGGGUGCUGAAAACUAAAGGUGAGCAAAUUAUAGUUUACUUGACUACAUGUAACUACAAAAGUAAAGUAUCCGAAAAUUAGAGAAGAUGCGCUAUGCAAAACUUGGUUGAAUUAUCAUCAUUACAAAUUGAGGACAGUGGGGAGAAAACACGUGCUAAUAAACUCCUUGCAAGUCUCAUAAAACAGAGAAAAGAUGGCAGCAUGUGUGACAUCAAGCUUAAGAUCGGAGAUGACUUCGUACACGCUCAUAAAUGCAUCUUGGUAUCUUCAUCCAAGUACUUUGAGCGUAUGUUCCUUGGAAACUUUGAAGAAAAUCAAGGAGAGGUUGACCUUAGUGGUAGUGUUUCCAGCAAAGAUGUCCUAAAUGCUAUCCUAGAUUUCAUCUAUAGCGGAAAGUUGUUGAUUACUGAUGAGAAUAUUGAGGGCUUGGUCCAGUGUGCAACGUUCUUCCUAUUGGACGAUGCUCAGAAAUUCUGCGAGCAAUACUUGCUUUCAAAUCUCACCAUCGAUACAUGUAUCCGAACUUAUUGUCUCUCUGAGAUGUACAAUUUGACAGAUUUGUAUACAAUUGCUGAAAAGGUCAUGAAAUCAAAAUUUCAAGAUGUUAUCUUAAGAAAUGAGAUACUAAGUGUACCUUAUGAUUAUCUUAAGAGGUUACUUAGCAACACGGAGAUGAUACAGCUAUGCAGUGCAAAACAUCUCAUCACAUUGUUAUGCAGAUGGAGUAGGUACAGCCCUGAUGAGAGAGUUGAUCAUUUCAGCUCUCUUUGGAACAUCAUAUCUGAUCGUUUAUAUUCUGAUGUGUCUGGUUGUGGCAAGUGUUUGGAGACUUGUUUUACAGAAGUUUGGUGUGACAUGCCUGAGGAAAAGAGGAUGGAGAAGCAAUACUUUUCCACCUUUUUAACAGAAAUGGAAACACGAUUACAGAGUUUUUUAGGCAGUGAUGAAAUCUCUAAAAAAUCAAACGAGUAUCUCAUUGCGUUCUGCGGAUUACCACGUCGCAUGGUUAUCUAUAGUCCUACAACCAACGCCUGGCAUGAGUAUCGGAAACAUUACAUGGAUAUCAACAAGUCUCUAAUGUCAAACUUUGAGUACUUUAUUGGCAUGACGGAACAAAAUGUUUAUUUCUUCCGUAAGAAAAGGAUUUAUCCAAGUGAAAACUCUGAACUGAUACCUGAAGGAAAAGUGAUGAGCCUAAAUUUAGAAUCAGGCAAUAUGUCAGUGUAUGCCACUUUUGAUGAAGUACAAGAAUCAACAGUUAUUUUUGUGACUGUUUGCAAUCAAAAGAUAUGCUGUCUAGUAAAGUCUCUAUCCCCUCAAAAUGGUGAAACGAAACUGAAAGCAAAUUUCUCAGUUUGGAAUGCACAGAGUCAGAAAUGGGAGGUACGGCUCACCCUGAAGGAUCCUGCUUACAUUCAAGACAGAGGCUCUUGGAUUCAGCACAAUGGACAUGUUUAUGUAGUGUGUGUCCAACAUGCACAAGAUCAGGGUGCUAGCCAGAGUUUAGGACAGUAUAAAGCUGUAUUUUAUGACUACAACAGUGAUGAAGAUACUGGAACGUCUUUUUACACAUGCAAAAAAAUUGGUACUAAAGACGUGAGACUUGUCAUGUACGAAUUACAGUAUGUGCAUAGUGGGAUCAUAGUUGUUAUGGAUAAUUAUAACACCUGGGUGUGCAACACAGCACUGAAACCAUCAACUUGGGAAAUGUACCCAAAUGAAGUCACUCUUCCCGAGCUGACAAGUCUACCAUUAAAUCAAGAAGAUCACUUUAAGCUGCCUGAAAAGGAUCCUUUGGAUAGCUCAAAACUAGGCGAAUGGUAUCAAACUUUGAUUGGGGAUCAUGAACUCCAUGUGGAAUAUCGACUACGGAAUGAUCUCGAAUCAAAGAGGAGGGGUAGCUCAUAUACAAUCUUGCCAAGUUUUCCAACCAAUCUUGAUCUUAAUGAGUUGAGAUUGAAAACAAUGUACAUGAAAGGAGGUUUCAUUGAGAAACUACCUCUUGCUGAGUUUAUCAAAGAUGAUGGUUUCUCUGAGCAUAUUCAUCACCCUUACAUUCUUGAUGGGUUUAAGGGAUUGUGUCGAUAUGCAAAUGGGAAAAAGUGGUUUGAUGCAAGCAAGGUCAAGAGAUUUUUGAAAAAAUACACUGUGCCCACCUCAGCUUCUACCAAAAAUCAAAGUAUUGAUGCAUCUGCUGAAGACAAACAAUGAUGCCUAUAGAACAGUUAGAACUGCUGUAUCUGAGCUAGAAAUAUGAUGAUUCCUUGAAGAUAAUGUUUUA